GAAAGAGAUGACACAUUCAGCCUCUGCACCAAGGACAGAGCAAGCGUCACUGGCACGCAUACCGGCUGAAGAUAUCUACAACACACGCUUCACCAUGACAACCACUGCUCUGGAGUGACAGCUGUCAAUCAAGAGGAUACGAUUAUCAAGAUCACCUGCCACAAGAGAUUACAUCAUAAUACUGGACUAAAGAGGAGUAAUUCUUUACAAAACUUAUUAUUUCUUAGAUAUUUAUAUCAAGUCACAUAUUUGAUCUUUCAAGAAAAGGAGAUACUGCUCCGCACGUCUGCAUGCGUUCACGUGCAAGUGUGAAAUUGUCUAGCUCUAAAUCAGGGUCACAGUGUUGCUGGCUCUCAUCCGUAAGAAGCAGCGGUUCAGGGUUUAAUCAGCUAGGACAGGUUUGUGUAUUUAACAUUGCCGGAGAUCAUGAGUGCGGGAAAGAAAGAGUUAGAGAUGAGGGACAAAGCCAUCAUGCAUCAGCAAAGGAGACUAAAGCAGGCCACCCAGUUCACGCACAAAGACUCAGCUGACCUUCUGCCCCUGGAUGGCUUGAAGAGGUUGGGCACCUCCAAAGACCUGCAACCCCACAGCAUCGUGCAGCGACGCCUUAUGGAGGGCAACAUCCCACGACUGCGUGGAGAAGCCCGGGACACUUCCUCUCACGUUCGCUCUCCACUUGUAGAUAGCAAAGAGGGCGGAGAACCAGAGGAAAGAAGUGAGAGCACUGUGGACGACUCCACAGAAGAGAGAGAGUCUCCAGAAGAGAGCGAGAAGAGCCUCAGGUCUGACGAGGAUGAGGACAAUGAAGAAGACAGGAAGAAAGUGGGAGAGAGAGCAUCCAACCUCUCAGCUCUAGUGGUCCAGUGUAAGUGUGGUGACGCGGAGGUGAAGCUAUCCAUAAACACAGGGUGCCAACACAACCACAUCUCUAAGACAUGCUGCAGAAGACUGGGACUGAAAACCAGCCACGAAGAAAAGCCCCAUGGGAAGCUGCCAUUCAGUGAAUCGACGGAGGAGACGGUGAAGUCUCUGCACUUGCAGCUGGGCAGGGAAAAAGUCCAAUGCACCGCACAAGUCAUAGAGGACGCAACGUUUGAGGUGUGUCUGGGUCUACAGACUCUGCUGGAACUCAAAUGCUGUCUGGACCUGAACUGCAGAGUGCUCCGUCUCCACAGCACAGAGCAAGCGCUGCCCUUCCUGGAUUCACCUGCCUGCAGCCAGUGCCAUCACCAUGACAACAACAAAAACAUGUGACCUCAGACCCACGUGCCCGCCAACCGCCCGAUCGUACCCAUAUAAUCAGAGAGGAAGUUCAAAACGGAAAGCCUUUGUCUGGACUCUUGUUCCAGAUGAACAUAGCCAGGCCUCUCUCUCCCCUUUACAUCCUUAUUCCUUCGUUUUUUUGUUCGUCUCUGUGCUAUUUACAGAAAUCUGCCAAGUGUAAUUUUUUCUGCUGUGCUAAAUUCGUUUCAAUUAAAAGUGUUGCGGGGGAGGAAGAUUGCGUUCCGAUAUUAGAAAUUGCCUUGAGUACACGGUUAAUCCGCAAGAUGCUGCGUUAAUCUUUGUAAGGUCACCAGUAAUAUCUUUAACUGGAGAUUGUAAUGACAAGUACAUUAAAUUCUUGUUUAUUAUAUUAAAAUUGAGAGAUUUACAACAGCUAUAAAGUCCCUAAACAAUCAGACUUUUCAUUUUAUAUAUUAAAACAUAACAAACUUGAUCGAAAGUUGCACAAAUUGAACUAAAAAUCACAACUCCGAAAUUGCCUUUUACUAACCAAGGACUGUGUUUUCUGUCCUGUUUUCUCUUUACAAGAUUAAAUCGGCCCUCAGAUGAUAAUAUGGGGCUUCGGUCAAUCCAAUAAAAUGUUAAUAUAGCCCUUGGGCUGGACUUGCGCUGGUUUUCUUCUGAAGGGCCUUAAACAUUCCAAUCUGCAUGAUUUUAUAGACGUCCCCCUUUGUGUUUUUCGAUGUUUUGCGCUAACCAUCUAAGCACGAGUGUGUGUGUGUUUAGGUUAGAAUACAAAGCGUGUUUGAGCUCUUUUAGAACAAUUGAAGAGCCCUGAUUCAGCUUCUGGGCACAAACCUUCAUAACCAAAGGCUUGUCUCCACCACCCACAUGCCUCGCUCAUUGUUUAGUCUUAGCACGGGCAUAUAAACACCCGUCUCAGCUCCCAUCGAAAUGCCAAGCGACGAUAGAAAGAGGGCAAAUAUGAAAAGAGUUUAUUUUUGUGUGUUUUUGGUUUCGUUUCCUCUGAACAGUAUUUUCUCUGCCUAAAUAAAAUAAAAUAUGUAUUCUGGAUAUACAAA